GAGAGGGGAAAAUACAGAGGGAGAGAGAGAGAAAGAGAGAGAAGACUCGCCUCUCUUUUGUUGUGUUGUGGGGUUUCUGUUGCAGUGUUGUUCAAGAGCUAGGCCGAGCCUCUCUGAGCAUUAUCGGAGCAGAGCGCCGAUCUGAUCAUCUCUGUGAUCAGACGAAUUCCAAUAUUUGGAAAAACCCUAGUUUCACUCCAUUUUACUCCUGACUCUCACUCUUCUCUUCUGUAGAGAAUUUUUGAUCGGUUCGAUUUUGGUUUUUACAUAAUUAUUUAAGGUUUUUGGUUUGGUUUUGGAAUUUAGGGCAGGCGAUCAUUCAGUAUAGAGCUGGUUUUGAAACCCUAAUUUGGAGGCCGUUUAUUAUUAUUAUUUUUUCUUUAAAAACUUUUCGAAGCUUCAAGGAAAAGCAAACAAACCCUAGUUUUGAUGGCUACAGCUUCUUCUAACCCCGCUGCUCCGAAUCAUCACUCCCCACGGAGUACGGCCGCCGCCGAAAUCGGCGCUCCAGGCCUAAACAGCCCCAAAUCUCGGCGGUCAUCAUCGUCGACGCGUGGGGUUUCUUCUCCGUGGACUCAGAUUGUCCGCGGCGCUGAAUCGGAUUCAGUCCCUGUUGCGGCCGCCGCCUCUGGAGCGAUCCUUCAAUCUCCACAUUCUCCUUCGUCUGCUAGUGUCGCUCAGGAGCAAUUGGGAAGUUCACCUGAUUUUUCGGCCUCGGCUACAGCUGGAAAUUCAUCCCCGCCAGCGCCGGAGGAUACUGCUGCGGAAGCUCAGGGGGAGAGCCCUGAGAAUGGGAGUGGGAGCAAUGCUGCAAAGAAACCAGUUUGGAACAAACCAAACGGUGCCAAAGAGAUUGGUGCGGUUAUGGGGGCCGUUUCUUGGCCUGCUCUCUCCGAGUCUACUAAGGCUUCUCCAAAGCCUUCUCCCUCUGAUUUGCCUAAAACCAUCUCUGAAGGCUCACUCCCAGCGUCUCAGGGCACUGGUACUGCUUCAUCAUCUUCUUCUCCACAUAAGCAACUUCACACUAAUAAUGCAAACCCUAGUUCAACUCCAAAUCAUGCUCCAAACCGCCAGAGGUCUUUUAAACGUGGUGGCGGAAAUUCAAGCAACAACUCGUCAGCUAAUGGCAACUUCUCUCAGCAACAACAGCCACAUGGUUCGGUGGCUGAUAUGACAACACAUAAUUCUGAAAAAUCUGGUAACUCUGGUGCAGAAUUAUCUUCGAGAGACAAUGUGCAUCGGGAUGGUGGACAGAGAGGAGGAUUUGGAUCUCAAUCACACGGUGGCAAUGAGCACCAACACCACCGAAGUUCCAACAGAAGGGGUAAUGGUGGGCCACGUCCUCGUGGGGAUGGUGGCUCUUAUAACCAUGGACAUGGUGGUGCUCGUGAUCAGGAUCGUGGUGGUCAGGAAUGGACUCCUAAUAGGAAUUUCAGCGGAAGAGAUGCACACAUGCAACCGCCACAAAGAUUUCCAGCUAGGCCCUUUAUACGGGGUCCUCCUACUCCUCCGCCUUUCAUUCCUCCAGCUGUGCCCAUGCGACCUUUCAACCCCCCUAUUAUUUAUCCAGAGGUUGCAUCUUCAGUGUUUUAUGUAACAGGACCACCACCUCCAGAAUCAUUUAGAAUGCCAAUGAUUGGCCCUAUGUCUCCUGUGUUCUAUCAUGUACCAGAUCCCCAGUUGCAUAACAAGAUAGUAAAUCAGAUAGAUUAUUAUUUCAGUAACGAGAAUUUAAUUAAGGACAUGUACUUGCGUGAAAAUAUGGAUGAUCAAGGCUGGGUCCCUAUUAAACUAAUAGCAGGAUUCAAAAAGGUUUCUAAGCUUACGAGCAGUAUACCGAUGAUAUUGGAUGCCUUACAAGCUUCGAGUGUCGUGGAAGUACAGGGUGAGAAAUUGAGGCGACGUAAUGACUGGAUGAAAUGGAUCGUGCCACCAUCUAUGCGUUCUAGUACAAAACUCCAGAGCGUUACAUUGGAUGAGAUGGGUGGCAAUUCUGAAGCAUAUAUUAGUAGAACGUCGUCUGGGGAGCUGACUAGCACCUCUCAGCAGCAAUUUGGCAAUGAAACGACGGGGACGAUCACCGCUCAGGGAGGGCAGUCAGCGGCUGCUGGAAACUCGAGCAACUAAGACUUUGUGGACCGAAGAGGGAGGGAGGCCCAAUCUUGACGAGAACAAUCAGCUUGGCCUGGAGGCGCGUACAGAGUUGUACAACGAACUCUCACAUUGGAAAUAGACAGGCAAACCUAAAGCGGAUUGAAAAGAGAAACAAUUUAUUAAAAAUAAAAGAGAACACAAAGGAUAGAGAGUUACAUGACUUUAAAGCUGGUUGCUUGAGUUUGUUGGGAUGUAUAUUUUGUUUUUUAUUUCGGGAUAAAGUCUUAACGUUCUUUAUUUCUUUUUUUUGCUGUGUGCCAUUAUUACUAUUGUGCAUGGGGAGUUUUGAUUCCACUUACCCCAUGCCAUUCCAGAUCCUUGGUUA